AUGCGGUGUGAAAAGUGCGCGAUCGCGACGCGGCGGGCGGUGGGGGCGCUCGGAGGCACGCGCGCGGUGGACGUCUCGGUGUCCGCGAACACGGCGACGGUGGUGACGUCGGACGCGGCGUCGACGGUGCGAGCGGCGAUCGAGGGGGCGGGGAUGCGAUGUCGGUUGAUCGGGAGCGGCGGGGUGGAUGGGGAGGUUUUCGGCGGCGAUUUGGCGGCGGCGCUCGGGACGGAUGCGCGGACGCUGCGACAGAGCGUCGCGGCGGUGGCGGAGUUUAAGGGCGAGGCGUACGGGCACGGUGACGUCGUGGGUGUCGUGCGAUUGGUGCAGGUGAACGCGGAGACGAUACUGGGAGAGGCGACGCUCGGGGGGUUGGCGCCGGGGACGGAGUACGAGGCGACGAUUCGGACGUACGGAGACACGCGGAGGGGAAUCGAGAGCGCUGGGGAGGUGUACGACGUCGAGACGGCGACCGCGGAGGGAGGGCAACGUGCGGGUGAGAUCGCGGUCGUCGUGAGCGAUGCGCGGGGGGAGAUCACGCUUCCGGCGACGAUUCUGAGCGACGGGCUGAAGACGUGGGACGUCAUCGGUCGAAGCGUCGCGCUGAGGAACACGGAGACGAACGCGAGCGUGGUCGCGGUUUUGGCGCGAAGCGCGGGCGUGGGGGAGAAUCAUAAGAAACUGUGCCAGUGCGACGGCACGGUGAUUUGGGAGGCGGACGAGGAUUUCUUACCCGUGGCGGCGAAACCGAGCCGAGGAACGAGCGGACCUCUGUUUGAACGCGGGAUGCAAACCGUUCGUCGAGGCGAGUGA